CUUUGAAUGAAUGCCUUCAGCUGGACAAUUACAAAGGCUAUUUACGGUACAUGAAAUUUCCCCUGCAGGAGCUCAGCCCUCUUUUCAGCCGCAGCUGCAGAGAAGCAGCCCAGCCUUCAGUGUGCGCUCACUCUCAAUUCACCGCGCGUCCUGCGCCUCCUCUCUGUUUCAUUUACUGUUUUUUUUAUUUUUUAUUAUUUGACCAAAACCUUAGGCAGAAGGCUAUAACCCCAGGACUGCGUGUUCACACCCCGGAGGUUUUAUGGUUGCGUGGAAACAAAGAGGUUUGACACAGUGGAGGGAGUCUGGGAGCGUUUCCAGAAGCGCGUCGCUGUUGCCGGAGCGGCUUUGGGCACAAGUUUAAAGAGCGGCGGAGGAGAAGGAGGACUUGUUGGGAGAGGAGCAGAUCACAGCUCAUACCGAUCCGUGGGCUGAUCUGGAAGGAGUCAUUCCUCCUAUUCCGAAGCACACCAUGGAGAGGAGAGCAGGAACGGGAAUAACGACGUUUGACAGCAACCGGGGCGGUUGAUGUGGACUUCAGCCCUGUACCUCCGCAGUCUUCCCUGGAGCAUGACCGUAUCCCACAAUGCCCCAAGCUGCAGUCUGGCUGCUGCGUUACUCGGUGGUCAUGUGUUUGCUGUUGCACAGUUUGGUCAUGAUGACGUUCUGCUUUCAUCACGCCGCCACCUCAUGUUCCAAGAGGUGCUACUGCUCUGAGACUGAGAGCGGAGGCAAGACGAUGCGCUGCAGCAACCUGCAGCUCACGGAGAUCCCAGAGGACAUCCCCAAUGACACUCAACAUGUCUACCUCGACUUUAACCUGUUAACCGCAGUUCCGACUAACGCUUUUGCAGGUUUGACCCAACUGGUUGAACUGGACCUAUCACACAAUGAGAUAAGUCAGCUGGAACAUGGUGCAUUUAGAGGACUUGGCACCUCUUUACAGUUCCUGGAUCUUUCUUCAAACAAGUUGGUGAACUUCAACCCAGUUGCCUUUAAGGGCCUUAAAGCUCGCGCCAACCUAACAAACAACCCGUGGCAAUGUGACUGCAAUCUGCAGAGGGCUUUGCCCUUUGUGACCCUGGAGCCAGUCUCUCUGACAGGCAUCGUGUGCCACAGUUCUGAUCCACCUGGCAUGGGAGUCGAAGGAUUGGCCUUUAUUUUGGAACCAGGAAUAGACUUGUGUGGGUUGAUAAAGAGGACUACAGACGUGGCCAUGUUGGUCGUUAUGUUUGGCUGGUUCACCAUGGUCAUUUCCUACCUUGUCUACUAUGUCAGGGCCAAUCAGGAGGAUGCCCGAAGACACUUGGAGUAUCUGAAAUCGCUGCCCAGCCGGCAGGGCAAGUCAGAGGAGUCCUCCACCAUUAGUACAGUAGUGUAGAGUUGAUUGAGCCAGAAAUAGGAUCUAAAAUGCUUCAUCAUGACAAGCAGGCUUUGCAUGUUUCUAGAAAGUGAUCCUGAGUCUCACGUUUUGUCUGGCUGUUGAAAAAAACUAAUAAAACAAUUGCCCACACAGAAAACAGAGGUUGAUGUAAUGCAGCCUAGAUGAAUAAUUAAUCUUGCAGGAAGCCAUUAGAACUUUGAGUUGAUGGUCUUGCCGGUGCACUAAGUAAGUGAAAGAAAUGGCUUUUUUGUGAGCUCUGCAUAUAGGAUAUAGAUGGGAUUUACAGUGCAUGUAUCUAGAUGCUCCUCUUCUGCAAAAAGACCGAUCAUGAUGCACCUAUGAACAGCAAUAUGAAUUGCUGCACAAAUUGAAUUAGAAUGACUCUGUGUACAACUGUAACACAUCAGAAUCUCAGUGGUAUCGAGAUAUAGACCAGUAUAAUACACAUAACAUAGCAUUUUCCAGGUACCAUCUUCUGUAAGUUUCUCGAAGUAUGACUCUAGUUAAAUAUUCCUACCAUAGACACUUGUACAUUUUGUAAAUGUCACAACCACAAACUUCAGUGUAAUUUCUUGGAAUCUUUUGUCAUAAUUCAACACAAGGUAGUGAAUGAUUGUGAAGUGAGAAAAACCGUAAACCUUUUAUUUUUUUGGGAAAUAUGGCACAACGCAAGGUCUCUUAA